AUGUCGACCGCUGCUCGAACGCACCUUCUUCCCAGUGGCACCGAAGUGGAUGUGGAGAACUGCUUCCCCGUGGACGACGCCCCAGCGCGUUCGGCGGAUUGCAUUAGCUGGGGUCCGCACAACGUAUUGCAGGUGUGCACACGCUGGACCGUUUCGAUGUACCUGGCAAAUCUACUUACCCCUGCGUUCCAGCGAAGCGUACGCCAACAUCCCCUAACUCACCGCAGCGAUGGAGAAUCUGUCGAGGUGGUUGUUGGCGCCAAGUGGAGUACUGCCCUACUUCCCGAGGUCUACUAUCCGGCCACUGCUCGUCUGUGCGUGCAAACGACCAGUAAUCUGAUGGUGUAUCUCGUUUCUCGUCACGGGGCGAACCGCGUGAUGGUGAGUCACGGAAUCGGCAUCGCUUGCGCUCGCGGCGGGCUUACUCGACUCCCCGCUCACGGCGACAGCAGCGUCGCCGAGGCUUCACGGAGUGAAAGGCCUCUCUCGCGCUCCCCCGCCGUCGAACAGUCCUUCAUCGGGGAGCUCAACGCAGGUGCUGCAGAAACUUCAGUAAAUCCAGUGUCAAAGUCCACGGCGAAGAAUCUAUCCAAUGCGGCUAGACGGAAGAGAAGACGGCAGGGGAGCAGCAGCCGCAGUGCGUCGAACAGUAGAGCAUCCUCGUCGAAAAACAGCAUUGCCAGUGACCCAAGCUCAUCAUCAGGGAGUCAGCCUUUAGCGUCACAUUUUGCUCCCCGGUUCAGUGCGUCGACCGCUAGUGCUGGCAAGGGCAAGAAUUCGCAUGAGAGUGCCAUGUCAACGCUCGUGGGUGCACGCAAGGCCGAUCGCCCAGCUACUGCAACCGACGCUACAGAAGCUUACAACGCCUCGACAGAGAAUGACGACAUCGGCGCUGUGGUAGACUACACGUGGCUUGAUCAGGAUGAUCUGCUUGUUCUCACCACCAAAGGACUUCACCUGGUGGCCCUCUCUGGGAACUUGUCAGACAUGGGUGGGCCUGUCACGCUCUCCCUGCCACCCCCCCUGUAUAGGUGGGGAUGCGAGGAUGAAGUGGCUCAGCUCGGGUUUCGAGGCCCCACUCCGCUGUGCAUGGCGACCCUCUUUACGGAUGGGCUUGCCGCCACAACUGCGACCCCCGCUGCUCUCGCGCGGCUGCGGCGCAUAGUGGUGAUUGCUAGCCCGUACAUGCUUCGCGUCAUCCACGUGGCGCGCUCCUCACCGGCAAACUCGGCUGCAUUGGUGCACCUCGCUUACACGGUGGAAGUGUCGUCGUUGACGUCGGUGCCGACAUCCGUGUGCGCUGUGGCUGUGCGGCGCCCAGGGUGUACGGUGGCGCAAGCGGAACAACCGCCGCCAGGGUCUGAGGUCGACGUGGUGGUUUUUGUAUCCGCUCCGGGUGUGGUGCUACGGGGACGUUUUGCACUGGGAGCGUUGUCAUCGUUUUCUGACUCUGUGUUGCCAUCGACCUGCCGCUGCGCUGUGUUUCAAACUGAGGUGCACUACGGCCCCGACGUCCUCACUAGUGAGGUGUGCCUGCGCCGGCUGAUGGUGGUUCCCUUUGCAACUGAUUCCAGAGACGCAGUUAUUGGUCUCGGCGACGAAGGAGCUCACAUCAACUCGCCGAACACCGGGCUCGGCAAUGCAGCUGUCGUGGUUCUUGGCAUCGGUGAAAAGUCUGUGCACGAGUUUCUGCUCUGCGGUCCGUCUUCGAUAGCACUGCUCCAGUGCCCUUUGCUGGCAGGCUGUAGCGAGAUGCUUCUGCGCAGGUGUGCCGGGAUCGCGGGGGUAGCGCUACAUCCAUCUGGUACACUGGCGGUAGCGGCUGUGCAAACGGGGCAAGCGAACCAUGAACCAACACACCUGUGGCCCGUCUCGGUAGACACGCGCGGUGGGUGGCUAAGGAGACUGGUUGAGCUGGGCGGUCUUGUGCCCGACGCGGUAGCUGGCCAGCUGCACGAAGCUUGCGCGUUCAGAGGGGGUGUCGCGUCGUACGGUCCCUCGGGGAGCAUGGUGCACUCUAUGCUGCUGCAGCAGACAAGCACAUCUUUUUUUCUAUUUGAGCAGCUUUUUCCUGGCUCUGUGAUGCAGUCCAGAGAGAUUCACCGGUAUGCGCAGGCGCACCAGCAAGCACGCCAACUGCCGCCCAUAGAGACGCUGCACCAGUAUCGGCUGUCGAUGAUGCCUGGCAGCGUCCAACCCUCGCCAACCCCUUCUCUGGCAGACAUGCCCGCGCGCCGUCGAUACCUGGGGUUGCGAACCCAGUACGGAGUAGACCUUUUCUUACGGUGGCCUCUACCGUCGCCCACCGUUGCCGGCGACGCAGCAAGCGGUGUGUCAUCCAUCUUCGCCUCGCCACCUUCCAUGGAGGCGAUGCAGGCCUCAUGGGUGUGGUGGCGACUGCUGCAGCACAUUUGGGCAAGCUGUCCGUGGGAUAGGCCGGUGCUGAGCGAACUUGUCCUCUCCAACGCCGUGAGAAUCCUCGCCAAACGCUAUCGCUACGCAAACAUGACGCUAGAGGGCUCGGAGAGUCUUCGCGAUUACGCGGCGAACGCGACGAAGUUGGAGCGUUGCUCGACGAAGCCCGACGAAUUUGACGUUGAUGGCGCCAUUGCCUUUAUGGAAGCCUACAUCAAGGCACAGAAGAUUGCCUUACACAAGAACAACGGCAAUACACAAACAGCGCCGUCUUCAAGCCUUCGCCUCAUUACUGCCGCGGAUUGUGCUGAGCCUGCGGCCCCAGGCGGAGGCAACGAGAGGUUGCCCCGCAAGGCUGCGGCAGACCCUCCGCAGCCGGCGGCGCAGGUGCACUGGUGCGUGUCACCGUCAUGGUUGUCCUCAUUACAGGCUUUUUUGGAAGCCACUGCGUACAGCCACCGACGGAGCACUGAUGCCUCAUCCGCGGGCAGUAAUACUUUCGGCACCUCAUCGCCGCAUCUGUUCCCCUGCUCCCUUUGUGAUCGCCCCGCGUGCGCCCCUUUUCUGCUGAGUUUGUCAAGCACAUCGACGCACGUCCCAGCUAAUGACAACACCGCAGUAGAGUGCGAUGCAUCUGGUACGGUUCCAGCGUCGCACACCACGCUCUUCUCUGGUACCACAUUCAGUCCUCUCUCCUUUUUCUCCGAGGAUUACGUGCUGACACGGUGUCUUGCCUGUGGACUGAGUGACUUCGCAGACGGGCCGCGGUGCCGCGUGUGCGGUGGGCUGCUGGAGUGA